AUGCUCCUACAAGAAGAAAUCCAGGUCGAGCAGCGCCUCCGACACGAAGCGGAGGACGCAUUGGCUGAGGUGGAGAGGCGACUGGGUUCAGUGGAAGUGGAGCAACAGAAGAUUUGUCUGGUGGAAAAUGAUCGGGCCAAGAGUAGGGCAGAGCUGCUGAAGGCGCGCGAAGAAAUCCUGGACCUCACGGCCAAGCUGGAAGUGGAGCGCCACAGGGUGAGGAAGUUGGAGGCAGCCAAGAGCAAUGGAGAGGGACGCCUGCAAGAAGCGGAGGCCCGGGAACAAUCCGAUCUGAAAGCACUGAGGACCCUACUAAGUUCCACCAUGCGCGAAAGAGACGAGGCCUUGGACAAGGCCCUCAGACUUCAGGGUGUGAACCGCUCGGUGGAGGAGCUCCACAGUGUCUUGGCCAAGGCAAUUCAAGAUCGCGAGCAGCCAGGGCCCCAAGGUCCCAAGGCUCUCAUCAAUAUCGUCCACUUCGGCUUCGCCGCUUAG